GAGUUGCCAGAGAAAUGGAACAACAUUAAGAAGUUGGCUGUGAUUGUCAAGCAAGCUGUGGCUCCUCUACAGAAUAAUGAAGUAUCUAACAUCCGUCGUAAGUGCGCCACGUUCGAUGUGGCACAGCACACUUUUCGCGAGCGCUUUCGUAAAAUUUCUGCUUUCCUGUAUUCAUGUGAAGAGCCGUAUGCCGCUAUCGAUGAGGUAAGCGAUUCAGUAGAUAGCCCUGUGAAUGAACUUGAUGGUUACCAAGUAUUUAAAGAAUAG